GGGGCCUCUGACCACAGGCCACAGCCCAGUUCCCCGUUUCUGGGCCGUUGGGCGGUGGGUGGACCACGGCCCGCAGAGCUCUCCAGGGAGAGGCCGACCUGCAGCAGCCAUGAGGCCCGGGGAGGGGAGCUGGGACUGCCUGCUGCUGACUGUGACCGCCGUCCUGAUGCUGCCCAUGAGGCCCCCAGGCUCCUGGGCGUCCCGCAUCAUCGGGGGCCACAAGGUGACCCCCCACUCCCGGCCCUACAUGGCGUCCGUGCGUUUCCAGGGCCAGCACCACUGUGGGGGCUUCCUGCUGCGGACCCGCUGGGUUGUGUCGGCCGCCCACUGCUUCAGCGACAGAGACCCCCGAACGGGCCUGGUGGUGCUAGGGGCCCACGACCUGCACACCGCAGAGGCCACGCAGCAGGUGUUCAGCAUCUCGGCUAUCUUCAUGCACCCCGACUACCAUCCGGCCACCCACACCAGUGACAUCUGUCUGCUGCAGCUAAACAGCUCUGCCAUCCUGGGUCCUGCAGUGCGGCUGCUGGGGCUGCCACGGAGGCCACCCAGGGCCGGGGCACGGUGCAAGGUGGCCGGCUGGGGGUCUGUGUCCAACUUCGGGGAGCUGCCGCCUGUGUUGAUGGAGGCUGAGGUCCGCGUGCUGGGCCUGGACGUCUGCAACAGCUCCUGGAGGGGGCUGCUGAGCCCUGCCAUGCUCUGCACCCACAGUGGGGACCGCCAGCGACGUGGCUUCUGCUCGGCAGACUCUGGGGGGCCCCUGGUUUGCAGAAAUCGGGCCCAUGGCCUCGUCUCCUUCUCUGGCCUCUGGUGUGGCGACCCCAAGACCCCCGACGUGUACACACUGGUGUCCGCCUUCGUGACUUGGAUCUGGGACGUGGUUCGUCGGGGCCCGCACGGCCCCCAGCCCAGCCCCCCACCCAGGACCACUGGGAGCCCUGCAGGAGUUGCCUGAACCACAGCAGCGCCGGGUGCACAAGAUGAGGUUAGCUCCGGCCUGGAAAAUUCCAUGGCUGGGGCAGAGGGUCCAUGGGCCCCCAAACCCCAGGAAGCCUGGUGUGUGUGGGGUGGCAGGUGGGGUAGGGGGGCAUCAGUUCCUAACAAAAAGGGCAAAAUAACACAAUAAAGUGUUAACUG